AUGUCGACUGACUAUGAUGCAGCCGCACGCGCAGCCCUCGCAACUGCCUUCCCGGGAACACAACUACAGCUCUGUACGUGGCACAUCAAUAAGAACAUCAUGAAGCACUCUAAACGACUCUGGGUUGGCGACUUCAACGACGAUGGCGACGAAAGACCUAUUCUACAGGAAGCAGCUGAGGCAGGCCACGAUCCUGGCCGUUGGCGGCGCCAAGGUGCCGCCAAAGUCAGCCCCUCGGACUUCCUCAAGGCAUUCAAGACUCUAAUGUAUGCCCCAAACGACGAGGAAUUUAACACGCGAUGGGAAGGCAUCAAGACCGACCUUUCUGAGCAGCAGCGGCUGCUUCAAAUCGUUGAGAAUACCUAUCUUCCCCAACGGAGGCAAUGGGCACAGCCUUGGAGGCACAUCACGAUCGUACAGUCGAGCGAGAAGCCCGCCGCACCCUUGACCCGUUCCGGCUGCCACUUUAUCAUGAAGUCAUUGAGAAAGCAUCACAUAAAAGCCUCGAGCUUGUACGAACACAAGUACGAGCCGCCACGGCUGCCCUCUUAA